AUGUUUCUGUAUGAUGACCUGAAUGACUGCUUUGGUUUGAAGGUCUGGCCUCACAACAACAGUCACGUUGACCUGAAGAAGAGGGGGAAACACCAACAGGACACGCUCAACAAAGAGUUCCAUCUGAAGUCGGUACUGGCAUCCAACAACGACACAGGGGAGUUCUGGAAGCGUCCUCGCUGUGGAGUCCCAGACUAUCCCAGCUGGACGCAGGUUGGCCUGUCGCACUAUAACCGGAAGGAGAAGAAUGGAGGUCUGAGUAGACAGCAGCGCAGGAAGCGGUUUGCGCUGUUUGGAGGGCGCUGGGAAAAGACACACCUCACUUACAAGAUUGUGCGUUUCCCCUGGCAGAUGAGUGAGGGCAAAGUGCGGCACGUCCUCCAGGAGGCAUUUGGAGUGUGGAGUGCAGUGACUCCUUUGACCUUCAGAGAGGUCACCUCUGACACAGCUGACAUCAUUAUUGACUUCAACAGGUACUGGCAUGGUGACAGCUUACCGUUUGAUGGUCCUGGAGGAAUCCUCGCCCACGCCUUUUUCCCCAGGACACACCGAGAGGGCGAAGUCCACUUUGACUAUGACGAAAAUUGGACAGUGGGCAACAUUGUGGGCACUGAUCUCGCACAAGUGGCAGCGCAUGAGUUUGGCCAUGUCCUUGGCCUGCAGCACUCCCUGGAGCCUGAUGCUGUGAUGUGUCCUUUCUACAGUGACUCCUACCCUCUGCAGCUCAGCGAGGAUGACAAGAGGGGCAUCCAGUAUCUUUAUGGCCCCCCUCUGCACUCACAGCCCGAAAUGACGGAGACCAAUGAGAUUGACAUUGGAAUGCCGGACGCCUGCAGAACAAACUUUGAUGCCGUAUCCAUGAUCAGGGGAGAGAUGUUCUUCUUUAAGUCUCGGUACGUCUGGCGUAUCCGUGAUGGCCGGCUACAAGCUGGCUAUCCAGCUUUGGCUUCCCGCCACUGGAGAGGCAUUCCUGACCACAUCAAUGCUGCGUAUGAAGACAAGUCUGGCAACAUCUGGUUCUUCCAAGGUGACAGCUAUUGGGUGUUUGAUGCAGAGAGGAAGAUUACAGGACCAGAUUCAGUGCGGCAGUUGGGUCUUCCUGUUACAGAUAUCCAAGCAGCUUUGAAGUGGGAAGAGGACCGCGUUGAGAGAGUCUACCUCUUCAAGUCGGCUUCCUACUGGUCCUUCAACCCUCAAGUGAAUCGAGUAGAAGCUGUUCAUCCUCGCAGCAUGCACAAGUGGAGAGGAGUGCCCGGCCAUAUGGAUGCAGCCUUUCAGGACCGAUAUGGCUACGCCAAUUUCCUGAGUGGGCUACACUAUUGGAAGUUUGACCCUGUGGCGUUGAAGCUGCUAGAAGGCUACCCCCGCAGCAUCGGCAUGGAUUUCUUUGGCUGUUCGGUCUAA